AUCCGGGGAAUUCAGCACAUUGUUGGCCUUCCAACAGCAUCUAUUUAUUAUAAAUAAUCAUGUUGAAAUAGGUCUGUCAUUGGAUACUUUACAGUGAAAAAUAAAUCUACGAAAACUAAAAUGAGUCCCGUUUUGAUUCAAUACAAGAUGUGAUUUUCCCCAUAUUUUUGUGUCUGAACCGAAAUUCAAAUUAAUCUGGACCAUGCCCUCUCAGGCAGACAACUACACCAUCGUAGAAAAUAGUGGGCGGGACUCUGACACCUGAAAUUACCCAGGGGGCUUCUGUCUAUGUUCACGCACCUUUGCUCCCUGGUGCCAUUUCGUGAGACCUUGUCUCCCUUUGCCGUGUGGAAAUAAGGCCCCCGGCUGCUCACGCUAUACCUUUAUUCCAGUUGGUGAGGCUGCAGUUUGUGGUAGGGGAAAGGACCUGAUUACCACACAAAACAUGAGGCAAUGCCCCCAGCAACCCCAUGGCCCUCCUCAAACAAUCGGCGGGUUAUCUUGUCUCUUCCUGGUGAGUCUGGGCUGUUUGUACGCAGCCGCACCAACAUCAAAAGGGUUUUUACGCAAGAGCAGUGUGUACUAUGGCCAUCUUACUAUCAGUUCUUUUAUAACAUAGUCGCUUUAUGGCAAAGUAUAGUCACUAUGAGGUCCGCUAGAAAAACAAAAACCUGCAGUGAAGUGAUUUGCAAGCAAAGCAUCUGACAAAUGUCAACAAACAGUCAUACUCACCUUUUUUGUCUGCAGACACAUACUCUUGGCCAUGAAUCCUCUGUAUGUGUCAUUUUUAUCAGAUACUAAAGAAUAUACAUAAUUUACUAGAAUUCAAAUAAAGUAAAUACAUUGCAAAUAAAAAAAAAAAACUUUUGCAUCCCAGUAAUCAGGGAAAACUGUAGAGAUCUUGAACCUGAUACAAUUCUUUUGUGAAUUCUCUGCAUUAAACAAUGUUUGCCAUGCAAACACAAAACUUUAAGGAAGUUUUGUGGUUUUCUGUGACCCAGUGUAAUUUUAAUCUCUCUCGUCAUUAAGCUGUGUAUGGGAAAAUCCCACUGUGAAGCUGACUAGUUUACAGCUAGUAUGCACCCAUGCAAAGACACAGACUGCACUGAACGUAUGCACACAUACACGUGCACACAUGCCCCCAUGCACUCUCUCUCACGCACACGUACACACACACACACACACACACACACACACCCUCAGCCUGGAAGUACAGCCCCCUCUUCACCGCUCUGCCUGCCAGAUUACGGAGAGGCACUCGUCCCACUCACAGACUUCGCUCUGCUGCUCCCAGGACCGAGAGCCAUGACGGGGUUGAACUGGGUGGCCCUGUUUGCACUGCUGGGCUGGCUGGGCACCUGCGCUGUGGGGCCCGUGCAGGGGGGCAAGGUGCUGGUCAUGCCCGUGGAAGGCAGCCACUGGCUGAGCAUGCGGAUGCUGGUCGCCGAGCUCUCACGCCGGGGCCAUGAGACCGUGGUGCUGGUGCCCGAGACCAGCAUCUUGAUCGGGGACUCCACAUACGGACGCACGGAGGUCUUCCAUGUACCCUAUAACAAGGAGGAGCUGGAAGACAACAUCAACAAAUUCCGGGACAACGCAUUUGGCAAGCGUCCUCAGGCAAUGGACCUCUUCGUCAAUGUGGGACUCCUGCUGAACUUCACUGCCUUGCAAGUGAGGGGCUGCAAGGGGCUGCUAUACGAUGAGCCGCUCAUGCACAAGCUGCGGUCUGAGGGCUUCGAUGUCGUUCUGACGGACCCCUUCCUGCCCUGCGGCACCAUCCUGGCUAGUGUCCUCGACAUCCCGGUGGUCUACUUCCUGCGCGGCUUACCUUGCGGUCUGGAAUACCAGGCCAUGCAGUGCCCCUCACCCCCCUCCUUCGUGCCACGCUUCUUCACAGGCAACACGGACGUGAUGACCUUCCCUCAGCGCUUGAGUAACAUGAUCUCCACACUUAUGGAGAUACAACUGUGCCGCGUGAUCUACGCCAGCUUCGACGAGCUGGCCAGCGAGUACUUGGGCCGAGUCACCACCUACAGGGAGCUCAUUGGCCAUGGCGCCAUCUGGCUGCUGAGGUACGACUUCACCUUCGAGUACCCCCGACCCCUCAUGCCAAACAUGGUCUUCAUUGGAGGUAUCAACUGUGCCGAGAGGAACAGCCUCCCCGCGGACCUGGAGACCUUUGUGAAUGGGUCUGGGGAGCAUGGCUUUGUGGUCUUCACCCUGGGCUCCAUGGUGUCCCAGAUGCCUGAAGACAAGGCCCAGUGUUUCUUCGAGGCGUUCCGGCAGAUUCCUCAGAGAGUCCUCUGGAGAUACACCGGACCUGUUCCCGCCAACGUCCCAGAGAACGUGAAGCUGAUGAAGUGGCUCCCACAGAAUGAUCUCUUGGGCCACCCAAAGGCCAGGGCUUUUGUGACUCACGCAGGUACACAUGGCAUCUAUGAGGGAAUCUGCAACGCCGUUCCCAUGGUGAUGCUGCCGCUGUUCGGUGACCAGAGCGACAACGUGCAACGCAUGGUGGUCCGGGGUGUUGGGGAGAUGCUUAACAUCUAUGACAUCACCGUGGAACAAAUUGUGACGACACUCAACAAAGUCAUCAACGAUUCAAGUUAUAAGGACAAAAUAAUGAAGCUCUCUGCGGUGCACAAGGACCGGCCCGUAGAACCGCUGGACCUGGCAGUCUUUUGGACGGAAUUUGUCAUGCGACACAAAGGGGCAGACCACUUGAGGCCGGCAGCACAUGAUCUCAACUGGAUCCAGUACCACUCCCUGGAUGUCAUCAGCUUGCUUGUCGUCAUAAUUGUCACUGUUGUCAUAGUGAUUGUUAAAAGCUGCAGAUUCUGUAUCAGGAUGUGCUUCCGAGGGAAAAGCCAGAAGAGGAAGAAGGAGUGAGCAUGCUCUAAUGAAUGUAAAGGAAAAAAAGACCCCUCAAGAGUGCAUGGAGCGGGGGGGGGGGUGCUCAAAAUACAAGAGGGAAUUUCACAAGGCAACAAUACAUCUGUAUGAACAACUCGUACCUCAAUAUCACCAGUGUGGUCUGCAUGAGAUCAACAGUGCUAAACACACGCUAUUAUUGAACCAGCAUCGAGAAGCACAAUAGUAGAUGAGGUCAGAUAUUUUUAGGAAAGGAUGUCCGACAUUCAAGCUAUUAUGUUCUAAUGACAGGAGAUGUCAGAAGUUGGUUCCUUUGUUGAACUCUGUCACUGUCUGUUUUGAACAGAUGCUUUUUCUCCUGGCAACAUUUGAUUUUUUCCCCCCCCGAAACUAACAUAUCGUUAGUUUUAUAACAGCAACAGUGUAACUUCAAGAGGAAAUACAAUGCUGAAAUGUCAAAACAAAAAAAUAAACUAGAAUUUUGGUAAAAUUAUCCUAAAUAAUCUAAACUAAAUUUACUCCUCAAGCAAUCAUAUUUUAAGCAAAGAUGGAAAUGAUUGGGGCUGGGUGGGAUAUUGUGGUGCGUAAUCUCCAUUCCCGUCAGACGGCCGAAUUAAGGUUGUUGAAGCUGCUGCUUCUGAGGGCUUAAGGGACCAUGCAGACGACCUCCCGCUCUAACCACCCAGAUGCCUUCCUGUAGCUGCUUAUCAGUUAAUUUUCAUCAAGCACUGUGAUUGAGAAAGAGAUUUUUUUUCCCUCAGCCAGGCUGUCUAAAACACUGAUGAAUGAUCGCUACAAUAAAUAACUUAAGGAAGACUGAGAUCUUGAUUGAAUAUAUAAAGAAUAACUUUUACACAGGAAAAAGAGAUUAAUCAUGUUAAAGGCUAAGGCAGUAUUAAAUUAUACUAGAGUGCACCACUAAUUAAUUACAUUAUUAAUACAUAACAUAAUUAUUAGAAGCCAUCAAUAUCCACACCUGCCAGUCAUGUAGAUGGCGUUCCUCUUGAAUAUUCAGUAUGAAGAUGGGUUAGGAUUAGCAUCGCCUUCUUCCAUGCAGUUGGAAAAAGUGUCAUUGCAUUGUCACCACUUUUAUCAUCCCCUGCCAACACAGUAAUACCACUUAGUGCCCAAUAUAAGUCACAAGAUCCCUCUGCCACCUUGUCUAAGGCCUGCUUGCCAGGGGUGACACUGAAAGGAACUAAAUACUUCAGCCAACAUAUUUCCCAGCAUUCCUGGCGCAUGCGGGAGUUUUUACUCUAACAAAGUAUCACACCAUGAGGAGAAUGCAGUUACAUUAGAACACUAUGCAGGCCAUUCAAUGUAAACCAUGUACAGUCAUUAUCGGGAACAUAAGUCCUUGGCUUCCAUCAGUUGCUAUAAAUGGACAAUAGAACUCUGAUUCUUUGUGCAAUGACUCUACCGUGCCUUAACGUUUAUAGGGAUGGAGCCCUUGCCUAGGAUCUAACCACACUGCUGCUCAUUUAAAUUAGUUGUUUGUUAUUAGUUAAUGUAGAAUUUAAACUGAAUCCUUCUUUAAACCAAAUUGUCCAAAAUGUUUAUCUUAAAU